AUGUCGACAGCUCAACUCAGAUCACUGGACAAGACCUCGGAGGCGGGUUCGUUGGACGACAAGGGUGGGGUACUCGACUCGAGUGAAGCCGCCGGCUUUGACUCCACUAGCAGCGAGGAGGGCAACGUCGGACUCCAUGAGUUCGCCAUCGCCAAACAAUCCGGGAUCCAGGUCACCCCAGAACAGAACCGCAGGAUUGCGAGGAAGAUAGACAUAUGGAUCCUCCCCAUGCUCUGUCUGGCGCAAGGUCUUAGCUUUUUGGACAAGACUGCACUGAACUACGGGAAUCUUUACGGCAUGACGAGUGCGCUAAAUGUGUCUGGAGCCCAGUUUAGCUGGUUCGCAAGCAUCUUCUACUUCGGCUACCUGGUUGGAAACUAUCCGGACAGCUGGCUACUACAACACUUCCCCACGGGAAAGGUACUGGCGACGACGACGCUCAUAUGGGGAACGAUCGUGAUUACUACUCCGGCAUGCACGAACUUUGCCGGCACCAUUGCCAACAGAUUCUUCCUGGGACUUCUCGAGGCAAUCGUGACCCCUGGCCUGACCCUGCUUACGUCAAUCUGGUACGCCCAAAACGAGGUCCCCUUCCGGGCCCUCGUCUGGUAUUCGUUCAACGGAUGGGCGGGUAUAUUGGGCGGUUUCGUCGCAUACGGCGUCGGGCACAUCGAGAACCCACAAAUCGCGCUGUGGAAGUACGUCUUCCUCAUUCUCGGGGGGAUCAGCGUCGUCUUUGCUAUCAGCCUUUGGUUCAUCUUUCCCGACUCUCCGGUGGAUGCACGCUUCUUCACCUCGGAAGAGAAAAUCCUUGCGGUAAAGCGAGUUGCCGAAGCAAAACUGGGCGUCAAGAACACGCAAUUCAAAUGGUACCAGAUCCGACACGCCUUGGUUGAUCCGAAGACUUGGCUCCUUUUCGUUGGCACCUUCGCCGCUCAGAUUCCAAAUGGAAUUGUGACGAACUUUUCUACGAUCAUCAUCAAGGCAAGGACAAUCCGCCUGUACCGCGCGUGUAUAAAGGCUGACAUGACUCAACUACAGGGAAUGGGAUUCACCACAUUGCAAACCACGCUACUGAACGCGGUAUCGUCCGUGGUUCAAAUCGCAACACUUCUCACUGCCGGAUGGAUCUGCAUGCGAUUCAAGAACAUGCGCGUCAUUACAAUGACCGCGAGCAACGUGGUCUGCAUUAUAUCGGGGGCGUUCUUGACGUACCUCCCGACUGAUGAGAGGUGGAGUCGGCUGGUUGCGUUCUGGUUCAUGUGGUUCCAGACCGUCGGAUUUGCCCUCUCGCUCGUCGUGAUCGCUAACAACGUCGGAGGAUUCACGAAGAAGACGUGCACGACUGCUAUAAUGUUCAUCGGGUAUUGUGCUGGGAACGUUAUCGGCGAGUAUUCCCGUCUACGAUUUCAGCCUCGAAGAGCAUAUCUGAUGAUUUCUCAGGACAGCGAGGCUCCUAGAUACAGGACCGGCACGAUGGCGAUGUUCAUAAGCUAUAUUGUUGAGACUGUUGCUCAUAUCGCACUCGGGCUUUACAUGCUGUGGAGCAAUAUCAAGCGCGACCGCGAGUUGGGCAAGGUGACGUCGUACGAGGAUCAGCUCAAAGGAGAAGAGGCUGGUAUGCACGAUCUUACAGAGUUCGAGAACCGUUACCACAGAUAUGUACUUUGA